AUGUUAGCAUCUCAUACAGGACUUAAUGCUGGUGAAGAAGACAAGGAGUUGCUUAGUCACGAUGGACCAAAUAUUUUACUUAUAUGUGUUGGGUACAUGUUCUUUUCGCCACCCAUUUUUGCCUUGCUAUUGACUGAGCAUGGGGAUAUGUAUGAUUGUGUAGAUUUUUACAAGCAGCUGACAUUUAGUCAUCCUCUCUUAAAAAACCAUACCUACCACCCUCAGACGAGGCCUACUUCUAGGCCUAAAUGGAUUGAAAACAACAAUAUCUCUUUGACGAUGAUAGAAAGACCAACAAGUGUGAUCCGGUUGAAGGAUGGAGGCUGCCCUCCUAGAAUAAUUCCCAUUAGAAGAGCAAAUGGCAAAGAUGACCUUUCCCACACCAAGGUGUUUUCACAUCAUUUUGCAGAAAAAGGGAAUCUGAAGCCUAAUCAUGGAACUGAAUACAUAUCUGGAACUGUUUAUGCGUUAGGUCAAACAAAAGGCAAACCAUGGAAGAAAUACUAUGGAGUUGGUGGUGUUCUUAGCAUUUAUAACCCAAAGAGCUUUACCAUCACAGUUAAUCCGUCCAAAUACAGGACGGUGACGGUCGGACAAGGUUCUUCAUAUAUGCAGUUAACUACCCUUUAUGUCGAUUUAUUUUAUCCUCUCCCUAUCACUCAAGUAGUUGCUCAUAGGAAAGUCCAAGCAGGCGAUUUACGCUGUUUCAAUUCUGAAUGCGGGUUCGUCAUUGUUAGAUCAGAUAUUCCUCUGGACUUUCUCCUUCACCCAGUAUCAGAAAAAGGAGAACAAGUCUAUAUAAACAAGUUCUUUGUUUAUCAGGAGAAGAUUUCUGGAGAUUGGUGGCUUGACGUGGGAAUGAACCCUCCAAUUGCGCUAGGGUUUUGGCCGCAGAGGAUCUUUGAGGGCUUGAAGGAAUCAGCAACAUAUGCAGCAGGUGGAGAAGAAAUAAACUCAAUAGCAACUAUGCCACCUCCACAAAUGGGAAGUGGUUCUUAUCCUGUUUUCGCUGCUGAUAUGAUGAAUGAUGCUUUUUGCAAAAAAAAUUGUGGUGGUGGAUGA